AUGAACUCCAGAUUUUAUGAAUUUCGUAUAUCGAUCGCCUUCUCUGCAUACAUAGAUACAUUUAUCUAUUCUUUUCAUCUAUCUAUCUAUCUAUCUAUCUAUCUAUCGGCAUUUAAUAUCUAUCUAUCUAUCUAUCUAUCUAUCUAUCUAUCUAUCGAUCGAUCUAUUCUUUUCAUCUAUCUAUCUCAACUAUCUAUUUCAUCUAUCUAUGUAUUCUUUUCAUCUAUCUAUCUAUCUAUCUAUCUAUCUAUCUAUCUCAAGCUAUUAAUAUAUAUCUAUGUAGCUAUCUAUUGGCAUUUAAUAUCUAUCUAUCUAUCUAUCUAUCUAUCUAUCUAUCUACGUAUCUAUCUAUCGAUCGAUCGAUCUAUUCUUUUCAUCUAUCUAUCUCAACUAUCUAUUUCAUCUAUCUAUGUAUUCUUUUCAUCUAUCUAUCUAUCUAUCUAUCUAUCUAUCUAUCUAUCUAUCUAUCUAUCUCAAGCUAUUAAUAUAUAUCUAUGUAGCUAUCUAUUGGCAUUUAAUAUCUAUCUAUCUAUCUAUCUAUCUAUCUAUCUAUCUAUCAAUUCUUUUCAUCUAUCUAUCCAUCUAUCUAUCUAUCUAUCUAUCUAUCUAUCUAUUCUUUUCAAUUAUCUAUCUCGUUAA